AUGGUGUCGUCAAUAUUGGCAGCCAGACAGGAGGAAGAGCUCCACAAGGCCAUUAUCCAGUACUUGGAACCCAGACUAAAAGAAUCUACCUUGCAACAGAUCAAGAAUGAUUUAGAAGUACAUGACUACAAUACUCCAGUGAUGGCCAACUACCUCGAAAAGAAGUGGUCAGCAGUUCUACGAUUACAAAAACGUAUAAUGGAAUUAGAAGUUGAAACCAGUAACUUACGAGCUUUGGUCGAUGCCAAUGAUGGUGGUAGUAGUAAUGGACCAAUAGGCAAGUCCUUGAAGAAUGGCAAUUGGUUACCACAAGCACCUUUAAGACUGUUCAAAACUCAAGGGAAACAAUUAAUUACAGCCUUAGCAAUUCAUCCAAGACUCUCUCAAGUAGCAAUAGGUUGUGCCAAUGGGAGCCUUAUCAUAUGGCAGGUGACUAAUGAUUCCCUCAGCAUAGCUGAUAAGAUAAUACCAGCUCAUCUUAAAGACAUACACCGAUUGGUAUGGUCUCCAAGAUCUGUUACACUUGGGUCGAAGGAAGGAUACGUGCUAGCAUCGUGUUCCUCCGACCUAACCAUUAAAUUAUGGGACGAAGAUACCUACAGCCAAUUGCGAGUGUUCUCGGGUCACGAACAUACCAUAUCGGGGUUAGCAUUUCUGACCAACUUAGUAGGCGAUUUAUACUUAUAUUCUGCCAGCAGAGAUAAGACAGUCAAGACCUGGAAUAUCAGUAGCGGGAAUAGUGUUCGAUCCUUCAUUGGUCAUAGUGAAUGGGUUAGAGAUGUUGAUGCUAUUAGUGUGGAUUCCAAACUACUGCUUAUCGAUACUUCUAGCAAUUCAGUGGACCAACUUGGUGACUUCCUCCUUACAUGUUCUAACGAUCAAAGUGCAAGAUUAACUCAUGCCGAAUCCGGGGUUGGGCUAGCCAUUCUAAUAGGGCAUACGCAUGUGGUUGAAACCGCAAAGUUCCUCCCAAUUCACUCCAACAUCUACAUCGACAAAUAUCUUGAGGAGAACCCAGAGGUUUAUCCGAAUAUACCACGAGGUGCAAGCUCAGAUCCAACUUAUAUCAACACACUUGGGUUCAAAUAUUGCAUUACUGGUGGAAGAGACAAUACUAUUAAACUAUGGCUUCUUCCCGUGCCUACACUACAUCCCCAUAGAAGUCCAACCAUAGGUAAUCCGCAAGCGUAUUUGGUUGUGGAACUCUUGGGCCAUGUAUCUUGGGUCAAGAGCUUGUGUGUACAUCCUAACGGGAAGUAUAUCUUUAGUGCUGGAGAUGACAAGACCAUUAGAGUAUGGGACCUUUCUACGUUGAGUGUGGGUGGUAAAGUACGGAAUAUCAAGACCUUGAAGGCCCAUGAAGGCUUCAUAAAUGAUAUUGACUUUGCUUCAUGUAUGGGACUCGAACAAGAAGUGGCAUUGGCUCGCAAGAAGGGUAAAACUUAUGCUAAUCGUUCAGAAGAACACGAAGAGCUUGAAAAGAUCAUAGAACUGAAGAUGAGACACAUGUUUAUUAGUGGAGGAGUGGAUAAUUUGGUUAACUUUUGGGGUUAA